GGUGCAAGGAAAGUUGGGCAUCUCCAGCAGAGCAGGCUGAGUAUCCUUCUCUCACUGUUUCCCUAAUCUUUACUCUCCCUCGUCAAGCUUUUUAAUCCACCAAAAAGCUCUUUGGAAUAUAACACAGUUAAAAGAGCUGGGUUCUUUUUUUCUUUUCGUAUCCCACUACUUGUUAUGUGAUCAUCACUACUGAGACUUUUGUGUGCUGACUAAAGUUGAAGAAUAGCACGAGUGUGAGAUUGUGUUUGGUGGAAGAUGAAGCCGAGCAGAGGAUGAAGCUGUUAAAGAUGGUUGGAAUUGGAGUCCCAUAUCGGUUAAUUAAGGGGUUGAUUAUGGGUUUAUAAGUAAGGAAUACAUAUUCAUCAGUAUGAGGUCUUGGUUUUGAUUACCUUGCUAUGCAUUCUCUCUGUGGAUCAUGUUGUUUUCGAGUUUCCUUGAGACAAUUUGUGGGCAUUGAUGGUUCUGGCUUGAACUGUCAUCUAGUCUCCCAUGAUGAAAAAUGUCUCUGCAACUAGUUUCGACUGUAUUUGGUCGUUUAAGGAAAGUGGUGGCAGUGUAUGUAGCUGACUAUGUUCUUCCAUUGUUCUCAUCCUGUAUCUUGUGUUGGGAAAUGGCGGCUGGAGCUCACUCCACCAAAAAUUUCAAUGUAUUUGAACACGAUGUAGUAGUAUCAAAAUAAAGCAAGUUACUUUUUGUGGAGAAAAACGCUUCCAACCCCAUUAAUUCCUUUACAUAAUUCGUUUUGUGGGUGUUUCGAGAUAGGAAAGAGUUCGCAGAAGAUUAGGGAAAAGGUGUACCAGAAAUAGGAACAUUUUGAUGAGAAAAUUUGGUUCCACUUUCCAUUUUAGACCGCAGCGGCAGACAAAUUCAAGGGUUUCUCAGAAGAAUCGUUAGAGACCAGUGGAAGAGCAGAACUGUAGAAUGCCAGAGGUUUGGUGUACUCUGAAGAGAUCACUAUCCUGCACCAAAUCAUUCCUUUGUGAUGUUCAUGUUCCAGAAGCCAUUAGUGAUUCAAACUCCAAGGAAAGAACAGACCGAGAUUCAUCUGGUUGUUUAAGGUCUAAAUCUAACCUCAGAGACAUCAUUUGUGGAAGCAAAAGACACUCGCAGAAGCCAUCUCCAAGCUCCAGCUCCAGAUCAAUGGCGAACAGUGAAGUUCUCCUCACCAUGACCCAUGAAAUUGAAGCACAAACUAAAACGGAUAGCUUCUCUGUUCCCCACGAAGAAAAAACCAGUCUUGAACUCCAUAAAACCUCUGUUACAAGAAAUGGGCAUGCCACUUCUGCAACUUACGACAGAAUUAACCAAUUCCACGAUGGUUCUGAAUUGAUUUGUCAAGAAUGUGGUGGGCUUUUUAAGAAUUCGGAUGCCAUGGAGUCCCAUCAUCUUUCCAAGCAUGCCGUCAGAGAAUUAGCGCAGGAGGAUUCAUCCUGGAAAGUGAUAGAAUUAAUCUGCCAAAGAACUUGGCCAAUGUCAAAAUCCCACCACAUUGAGAAUGUUUUCAAAGUCCGCAAUUCCCCAAGAACUCUGUCUCUGUUUGAAGAGUACAGAGCAACGGUGAAAAGCAAAGCGAGCAAACUGGAGCAGCAAAACCCACGUUGUUUAGUCGACGGAAACGAGCUCUUGAGGUUCUAUGGCACGACGAUUGCUUGCCCAUUAGCAGCGGCAAAUGGGUCUCAGAUUUUAUGCAAUUUGGAUAGCUGUGGAGUUUGCCAAAUUUUAAGACAUGGGUUUAAUAAAGGCGUAUUUACAUGCUCAACAAGUGGAAGAGCCUUCGAAUGUAUUGAGAUGAAUGAAGAAGAUAUGGGCGGCUUAAGAAGAGCCUUAAUGGUGUGCAGAGUGAUUGCAGGGAGGGUCUGUGGUGGAUGCAAGGAGGAAGAUGAAAUGAACGCCAAUUCUGGUUCUGGGUUCGAAUCGUCGAGUGGGAAAACGGGACAGAAUUCAAAACAGGAAGAAUUGUUUGUGUUCAAUCCUGAAGCUGUACUUCCUUGUUUCGUGGUAACUUACAGACGGUGAUUAGGAAAAAUUAGGCAUUUGUAUGUCUUAUGAGUUUCUUCUGAUGAUUAUUGAAUACGAAUUUGAUCCGA